AUGUCGACUCGCCGUUCGGCUCGCCUCAGCGCCCAAACGGCCACUGAGUCGGAGGUCCUCAAACCAGUCGCGGCGCCAAACGACCGCAAGCGAAAGACCGCAAAAGACACCAAACUCGACGAGGUACCGUCGCCGGCGCCAGCUGUGCCGGCGACGCCUCUGAGGAAGCGCACGAAACGAGCCGCCGUGGCGCUCCCAGUCACGCCUACGCCCAGUGCCGUCUCCCUCAUUGCGGAACGUAUUAACGGCACGGCCGAGAAGCCACGCACCGCAGCUGUAUCGCGCUUUGCCGACCCAAACCGAACGAAUGCUCCGCUGCUGUCGCCCGAAUCUUCGCGGCUGGUUGCACCAGCCUUGGCGGUCCAGCCGAGCUCUGCCUCGCCGUCCAAAGCCGCUCGUCUUGCCCCGACAUCCUCUCUCGUCUCCGAAGUGAAUUCCCAGCCAACUACCACGGAGAAUAUCCUUGCUGAGGCCUGCGCCCAUCUAAUCCGUGUUGACCCGCGCAUGAAGGCUCUCAUAGACAAGCACCCUUGCAAGGUCUUCUCUCCAGAGGGACUGGCUGAGAAGAUCGACCCCUUCGAAAGCCUCUGCAGCGGUAUCAUAUCUCAGCAGGUCUCAGGCGCAGCUGCAAAAUCCAUAAAGGCCAAGUUUGUAGCUCUCUUUACCGCAUCAGAUCUGGUGGACGGCAGGUUUCCUCACCCUUCUCAGGUGGCGGCCCAGAGUAUUGAGCACCUGCGUACGGCGGGCUUGUCACAACGCAAAGCUGAAUACGUGAAGGGCAUUGCGGAAAAGUUUGCGAGCGGCGAGCUCAGCGCAGAAAUGCUGGCAGGAGCUCCGUAUGCUGAGGUGUUGGAAAAGCUUAUUGCUAUCCGCGGCUUAGGGCAGUGGUCGGUCGAGAUGUUCGCAUGCUUUGCGCUCAAGAGGAUGGAUGUCUUUUCAUUGGGAGACUUAGGGGUACAGAGGGGCAUGGCGGCAUUCGAAGGCCGCGACGUUGCAAAGCUCAAGGCCAAGGGCGGCGGUAAAUGGAAGUACAUGUCGGAGAAGGACAUGAUUGACAUGUCGGACAAAUUUGCGCCCUAUCGCAGCGUCUUCAUGUGGUACAUGUGGCGAGUCGAGGAGACUGACAUAAGCACGCUAGAGUAA